GGAAUCUCCUUGACCUCCAUGGAGUUGCCGUAGAUGGCCACGCUGCGGCCUUUCACCAUUUUCCUUAGGAUUGAUGAUUUGUCAGCACUCUGUGCAAGUGUGCAAGUGUGCAUGUGUGUAGUCUGUCUGUACAAGCGGUACAAGCUCAGCUUGACUGAGCCCAGUCGUCAAGCCAACGGCACGACGGGAACAACACGAAAGUGUCUCAGGCAGUCUCUGUCAGCCACCUCAGACAUACCCUUUUACUCACCCCAAGCCAUUUCAAUCCAGAGGGAUCCAUCGAUCCGUCUAGAUCCAUCCCAUCGACCGGUUUACAGGAAAGAUUCUAGCGUGAAUCCAAAAAUGAACAGGGACUUCACCUUCUUCAUAUUAUUGGUUCUGGUUUGCGGGUGCCAUUGGACCCUGGGCUCAGAUCCCGGAUCCGCCGUCCCUCGCGGGGUCAGACCCGAGCUGACGAAUUUGUACUUGGCCGCCAAGGACACGUUUCAAUGUCUAGAUGGCUCCAAAGCUAUUCCCUAUCUCCAAAUCAACGACGACUAUUGUGACUGUCCGGACGGCUCGGAUGAACCCGGCACUUCAGCCUGCGGGCAAAGCCGCUUCUACUGUGGCAAUGACGGCUUCCAGGCCAAGCUUUUGUUGAGCUCGCGUGUCAAUGACGGCAUUUGCGAUUGUUGCGAUGGAACCGACGAAUGGGCUAGUGGAGCCCCGGCUUGUCCUAAUACUUGCUUCGAAAUGGGUCGGGCCGCCCGAGAGGAGGCGGAACGCCAGGCCAAGAUUCAGGCCCAGGGGUUCGAGACCAAAAAGGCCAUGAUGCAAGAAGGCCGCACUUUGAAGGCAGAGAAGCAAACGGAGCUAGGCGAUUUGGAAAAGGAGUUGGAAACGGUGAAGAAAGACGAAGAAGUGUUGGAGGAGGAAAAGAAUCGAGUCGAAGAGACCGAGAAGGUGUUCCUGGACAAGCAUAAUGCUCUCAAAGAGGAGCAACGGAAAGAGAGGGAAGAGGCUGAGCGGCAACUGGACCAAGAACAAGCCAAGAUCUUCUUCCAGGAAGUGGAUGUCAACCAAGACGGAGUUCUCCACGUGACGGAGAUCAUGGCCAAUGCCCGAUUCGACCAGAACCAAGAUCAAGUGGUUAGCGACGAUGAGGCCAAUUUCUUUAUGGAAGGCAACACCAACUACGACUUGGACGCGUUCUUGGCUCACGGAUGGGAUUUAGUGAAGAACCAGGCCGCUCAGGGUCCGCCUCCAGUUCAGACCCCCCCGCUGGAAGCUGGCGACGAAGAUUUAGGACGAGUGGGCGAAGAUGACGAUUAUCCCGAAUACGAAGGCGAACCUUUGGAUGACGAUCACGCCCCCGAUGUGGAACAACAACCCGAGGACAUUGGAAGCCCACAAGAUCAAGAAGAAUAUGACGAUGAAACUCGCGAAGCCAUUCGAAUAGCCGAUGAAGCCAGAUCCAAAUACGAAGAUGCUCGAGCCAAAGCCCGUGAUCUGGAAGAUCGUAUGAAUCGAGUUCGAGAGUUCCUGUUGGCCGAUUACGGAGAACACGGUGAAUUUGCUCCCUUAAAAGACAAAUGCUUUGAAUAUGUCGAUAACGAGUACAUCUAUAAAAUGUGUGCUUUCGACUACUGUUCGCAAAAGUCCAAAAAUGGAGGCGGUGAGACUCGCUUGGGCAAGUGGGACACAUUUGAGCCGGUGGGAAAUGACAAAUAUGCCAUUAUGAAGUUCAAAAACGGUCAGACGUGCUGGAAUGGACCGGCCCGAUCCACGACCGUUCGCUUACAAUGCGGGGUGGAAGAAACCGUCAAGGCUGUUUCUGAGCCUUCCAAGUGCGAGUACGAAAUGGUGUUCGAAACACCAGCCGCUUGCUCCGAGCCCUCAGCUACCGUUGCUCAUGACGAGUUGUAAAUAUCUGUGGAUGUUAUUGUUUUGAUUAUUUAAACCACAUUUAUAUUGUUCUUGCUCCUUUAAUGUGUUUUCUGUGUGAAAUUGAUUGCCUCUUUUUGUAGCACAAUACACAGGAUUUUCUCAAA